AUGAGAAAUACUAACAUACCGCUUAGUAACCUAAACAUUCACGCACAUAUUAACUGCACGUAUGCUGACAAUGCAUGCUCUUGCCCCACUUUAGCCAAAGCUGACCAAGCUUUGAAGUUUCAAAAAUUGGAGCAGUUUUUAGCUAACUACUGGGAAAACGAUCAUUUGGCAACAAUAAUUGGGAACAAAAAAAUUUUGUUGACUGUAGAAGAACACUGUUAUUCUUAUAUAAGUGACCAAAAUUGCGUUAUAAAAACAGCCGAAAAUAGUUAUGAGUGUCAUCACGAAGAGGCGGAUACACGAAUAAUUUUUCACGCUUACAAAGCAGCACCAGGUUCAAGAAUUUUAAUAAAAUCCGUUGAUACAGAUGUUCUCAUAAUUCUACUAGGAAACAUACAUAAAAUCCCUGAUUCUGAAAUUUGGCUUGCUAGUUCAGGGACAAAGAAAAAAAAAAUCAGGACAUCAAUUGCAGGGAACUAUACGGUGGCUAUGUAUGGUAUCAAACAUUGUACCAAAGUAAAUCAAGCAAGAUAUCAAGUUUUCCUGAAGAAUUUUUCGGCAAAAGAAGAUAGUGAGAAAUUCCUUAAAAAAGUCAAAAGUUUUGACUCAAAUACCAUACCACCAUGUUGGGAAUCACUUAAACAAAAAAUUUUACGCACAAUUUUUGUUAAUUCAAUGUGGUUGAAUGCAACUGAUUCUAAUUGCAUAAAUUUACGUCCAGAAAAUUAUGGUUGGUUUUCGAUGGUCAUUUAAAACCAAAGGGAUUUGAUGGAGAUCAAACGCCCUUAAAAAUAGAUGAUAUUUUGCAAAUAACGGAUAAUGCAAAUGAAGAAACUUCUUCCGACUUAGAAGACGGCGAUAUAACUUCCGACUAUUCCGAUCCGGAAUAAUUUAAAAUUAUGACAUUGGCAUUUAAUUACUUUUUAUGCAAAUAUUUUUUGAUAAUAAAGAUUUAUAAUUUUCAAACUAUACUCGUGUUAGUAAAUUUAUUUUUGAAAAAUGUUUUCCAUUUUUUUUUAUUCUGAGAACGACUUCUUAUUACGCUUUUCCUAUUUUUCUUUAUUACGCUCCAAAAUGAUUCUCUAUAGUAUACUAUUUUCCUCCUUGUCUAUACUACAAAUACGAAGCAUGCGCACUCUCUCAUAUUUUACCGGCCGGUACCGCGCAGCUGCCAUGCUGCGUCCUUCUUUAUCGUAUAGAACAGUACGAGCAACGCUUCUCUGUCACACACAUUUCCAUGCUCCAAUUUUUGAAACUUCAAAGCCUAGCUACCGUUAUUUAUGAUCAGAUUUUUUUAGGCAAACUUAUACUACUCUACACGCUAUAUUUUUACCUACAUUUUUAUAUAAACAUAUGUUGGUAAACAGAUGAGCGCAAUCACUGAUAUCAAUUUACCUGUUUGUACCUGGCUACCAGAUUAAAGGGACCAGAAAAAGGUAGGCAACCGAUCGACUGCAUAUAGCAGAUGUAGUAUACUUUCAAUUAGACUAUGAGUAGUUUGGCCGACAAGACAGUCAAUUUUGAAAAAAAAUACUUUUUUAUAAUUUUAAUUAAUCAUAGCCAUGACCAUUUUUAUAAUGGCAACCUUAUUAAUAUACAUUCACAAACAUAUUUUAAUCUUUAAAAUAUAAUUUUCACCUGGUUGACAGAUCGGUGAAGGUCGUUCUUAUGUGGGAUCUUAGACUAUACAGUGCGGCAAUUAUUUAUUUUAAACAUAGUGCUACACCAGCAUACUGCACUUCCUUUUGACCCUCUACCCUCGAACAAGAGAGGAAAGGACUUAGUUUGCAUAAAGCCUCAAACCAGACAUGCCUUUGCUAAGCGUUUUUACGUGUUCUUAGGACCUUUCCUAUAUAAUAGGCUUAACAAAGUACUAAGUUUCUAUAGUAUAAACUAUAAAAAAUGUAGUAAGAUGUUGUCAGAAUAUCUAGUAACACUAAAUUACACGGACACAGAACAACUUCUAGAAAUUUUGUCAUAAUGUUAUCUGGUCUUUAUUUUUGUAUUAUUAUUUCAUAGAUAUAGUUUUAGGUAUUACUGUACCAUAAGCUUAGUUGUAGCAGCUAUUUAUUAUAAUAGAAUAUGUCUUUAUUUUUGUAUUAUUUCAUAUAUAUAGUUUUAGGUAUUAUUGUACCAUAAGCUUAGUUGUCGCAGAUAUUUAUUAUAAUAGAAUAUAUUUUUGUUUUAUAAUAGUCUAACUUUGUAUUUUACUGCCGCAAUGAAACUGGACUGUAAAGUGAUGGCCUGAAACACAGGUUUUUAAAUUAAACCUAGAUCGGGCGGUCCACUAUCAAAUAAUGCAUUUCCAAAUUACUGUUUUAUACCGUUAUUAAUAUUUUAGUUCUGGUAUAUUUUUAUCACUGUAAUUGUAUCAUUAUUGUAAUAGGAAACCUUGUUUCUGUUGGAGUAAUGUUAAACAUUUUUUGUAAACAUUAUUAUCUCUAUAUAUAAAAAUUUAUUGCACUUUGUUAGUCUCGCUAAAACUCGAGAACGGCUCGAGCGAUUUGGCUAAUUUUGGUCUUGAAUUAUUUGUUAAAGUCUAGGGAAGGUUUAAAGGGUGAGAGAAAAAUGUUUAAGGCGAUACGAAGUUUGCCGGGCCUGCUAGUUUUGAAUAAAUUUAUAUGUCAAACAUACCUGAAUUAUAAUGUUUACAAAAAUAAUUGUAUAUUAUUUUCUUGCUUUUUUUAAUAAUUAUAUUCGUAUAUAUUUGAAUGGCUGUUUUCUGAACAGUUAGUGAAUUGGAAAGAGGUAACAACAUACGGUCCUGGAGUGGAGACCGCGUCUCGGUAAACGUAGUGUAGGACGCCCCCAGGCGAGGUGGAGUGACGAUCUGCGCAGGAUGGCUGGCAGGAGCUGGAUGCGAGUCGCUAGUGAUAGAGCAAAGUGGCGAACAAUUGGGGAGGCCUAUGUCCAGCAGUGGACUGCUAUAGGCUGAUGAUGAUGAUGAACAACAUACUAAACUAUUAUAUAGGUACCUGACAAAUUCCGAGAUUAUCUUUCACGACCAUGACAGUUAGUAUAAUAGCAUAUUACUGACGCCAAUGCAUUUUAUUUGACUACAAUCAAACUCGUAUAAGUUAUAAGGUAGUCAUCAAUCAAAUGUUAUGAAUUUAGAUAAUAUAAUAAUUAUAUUUAAAUUGUUAUAUUAAUUAUAAAAUUAUAUUU